CGUAACUCCAGUCAUAGAAGCAUCGUCCUCCCUACGCCAGUCCUAUAACCAAUCUCGCUGUAACCAUUUCCAUGCUAUCGAAUCGAUAGGCUCUAUCGUCGGCCUUGCUCUCGCACGACCGCAUUAAGCUGUAACCGUUCCCCGCAUCCCGUCAUCGUCUGCCCAGAUAUACUACAACUCAGUCAACUGUCGCCUGACGCUCCGCUUUGUAUCAUCCUUCAAUAUUAUGCAAACUGAAUAUAUAUCAUAAUGUCGCCCUUCGUAAGGGCACUCCCUACCGCUCGUUGCUGUCUUUGCCAUCUCUCGCGCUGUGCCACACGACCGGUACCUACUACGACACGUUGCCUAUCCUCUUACAAUUCCCGAUUACGACAACAACACCGCUAUAUCUCAGGCUCCCCUAUAGCUUCACGACGCAACAACGACUUCAAUUCAGGCUUCAGUAGCAGCUAUGACCCAUCAGUCGAUGCGGGGCGUGGCCCCAUGUUCAACAAGACCAACUUUGGCGUACCGCAGUUCUACCCACGCGAUCUCAAGAAAAGAGUAGACGACUACGUCGUUGGCCAGGACCGGGCCAAGAAGACAAUAUGCGCAACCAUCUUCAAUCACUACCAGAAUCUACGGCGAAGACACCAACAUGAGCACGAGGACCGGAACAGGCGGGAUAAGGUAAUGCGCCAGAGGUUUGCGAGAGACAGAGAACUGCAUCAGAAACGUCGUGAGAUGCACCCUGUCGAAGAUGAGUUCCCGGGCCAUAAUGAGUCGGUCCGUGCGCUUCACGAUAACCACGAAUUCGAUGACGACCCAAUGGACCAUCUCUAUGUUGCAGAGGAUAUAACAGUUCCCGAUCACGUCAAGAUAGACAAGAGUAACCUCCUUCUGGUCGGUCCCACGGGUGUUGGCAAGACUUACAUACUAGAAACACUAAGCAAAAAGAUAAACGCUGGAUACAUAGGACAGGACGUUGAGACCUGCAUCGAGCGGCUUCUUAUCGAAGCCAAUUAUGACAUCAAGGCAACAGAGCACGGUAUUGUUGUUCUAGAUGAAUUCGACAAGAUUGCAAGGCGCGAAACGACUACUGGUCGGGAUGUUGGGGGCGAGGGUGUUCAACAGGCGCUGCUGAAGCUCGUUGAGGGAACAAAAGUUACCAUCAAUGUCAAGGACAACCGCUCAUCCCGAUCUACGCCACCUAUCACGACGAACUAUAGCGCAUCUGGGCCAUCUUCCUCGACUCCUCAGGCAGCUCCUCCAGGUGGCAAGGUUGACCAGUAUACUAUUGACACUACUAACAUUCUCUUUGUGUUCUGCGGCGCCUUUGUCGGGCUAGACAAGGCUGUCCUGAAGAGAGUUGCAAGACCGACGAUGGGAUUCGGCGGAGAACUUAGGGGACGCUCCUCUAUGUCUGGCAACAAGCAAACUCUGCCGGCAGAAACAUAUACGCAUUUGCCUCACCACAACCCUCAAUCAGCUUCAUCGUUCACGCCGUUAGAUCUUACCACUCCUGCUGAUCUACAAAGCUUUGGUUUCAUUCCCGAGUUGAUAGGGCGUUUGCACAAUAUCUGUGCUCUUAGUCCGCUUUCUAAAGAAGAUCUCUUACGUAUUCUGACUGAACCCAAAAACAGCCUUGUUGCUCAGUAUACCGCUCUUUUCGAGACGUACCCUUCGCGAUUAUUCUUCACAGAGAAAUCAUUAUAUGCUAUCGCGGAGCGAGCUGCUGCUUCAGAAACAGGCGCCCGAGGUCUCAAGAUGGAGAUGGAGCGUGUCCUAGCAGAGCCCAUGUUUGAUGCUCCGAUGCCUUAUGUACUCAUCACCGAGGGAUGCGUAAAGGGAACGGAGAAGGCAGGAUACUGGGGCAAGGACGGCCGGUUUGAGGUGGACAGAAGGAUGCAGGCAGAAGAGAUGAAUCCAGCCAAAGGGGAACCCGAGAACACAUUCGAAAAGUACCGAGAAGCAGGACAGAGCGGUGGCUAA